CUCGACUUUGCCCCCUUUUCCCUCCAAACUCCAAACACACUCACACACGCUCAGUCACUCUCCCCAUUUUCUUCCUAGAGAGAGAGAGAGAGAGAGAGAGAGAUGUCUGGUUGGGACGAGGGAGGCGUGUACUACAGCGACCAAGCUCACUCAUGGCGCGACGGCCGAGGCGGCACCGACGACCCGGAGGCCGCCGCCAGCCGCCACUCCGUCCUCCAGAAGCUGAAGGAGUUCAUCCGUGGCUUCGAGACCGACAAAAACGUGUUCCCCUACAGAGAAAGCCUUGUCCACAACCCUAAGUCCCUCCUCGUCGACAUGGAAGACCUCGACGCCUUCGAUCCCGACCUUCCCUCUAAGCUUCGCUCCGCCCCCGCCGAUUACUUGCCCCUCUUCGAGACGGCGGCCGCGGAGGUUUUGGUGAGUUUGAGGUCGAAAGUGGCCGGGGAGACCGGAGAAAUGGAGGAUCCGGUGACCGGAGAUGUCCAGGUUUUGCUUACGUCGAGGGAGGAUCCAGUGUCGAUGCGAUUCCUUGGGGCUCAAUAUAUAUCAAAACUUGUGAAAAUAGCUGGGAUUACUAUAGCUGCUUCUAGGACUAAGGCAAAGGCAACUUAUGUGACUCUUAUCUGUAAGAACUGUAAAAAUACAAGGCAAGUUCCGUGUCGGCCAGGUCUUGGUGGUGCAAUUGUCCCUCGCUCGUGUGAUCAUGUCCCUCAGGCAGGAGAAGAGGCAUGCCCACUUGAUCCAUGGAUUAUAGUUCCAGAUAAGAGCAAAUAUGUUGAUCAGCAGACUUUGAAAUUGCAGGAGAAUCCAGAGGAUGUUCCUACCGGGGAGCUUCCAAGGAACAUACUUCUAUCUGUGGAUCGCCAUCUUGUUCAAACUAUUGUACCCGGCACGAGAUUGACCAUCAUGGGUAUUUAUAGUAUCUAUCAAGCUGCCAAUUCUACUGCAUCCCACAAAGGAGCUGUCGCGGUUAGACAGCCUUAUAUCAGAGUUGUAGGAAUUGAAGAAGCAAAUGAGGCCAACUCUCGAGGUCCUGCUGCUUUUAUGCCUGAAGAGAUAGAAGAAUUCAAAAAGUUUGCUGCAGAACCCGAUGUAUACAAAAACAUAUGCUCCAAGAUAGCUCCCUCUAUCUUUGGUCAUGAUGAUGUGAAGAAGGCUGUGGCUUGUCUGUUAUUUGGAGGAUCAAGGAAGAGUUUGCCGGAUGGUGUGAAAUUAAGGGGUGAUAUCAAUGUGUUGCUUUUGGGGGACCCAUCUACUGCUAAAUCACAGUUUCUCAAGUUUGUCGAAAAGACUGCUCCUGUUGCUGUUUAUACUUCAGGAAAAGGCUCAUCAGCAGCUGGUCUUACAGCUUCUGUGAUCCGAGAUAACAGCUCUCGUGAAUUUUAUCUUGAAGGAGGAGCUAUGGUUUUGGCAGAUGGAGGUGUUGUAUGUAUUGAUGAGUUUGACAAAAUGAGACCAGAAGAUAGGGUUGCUAUUCAUGAAGCCAUGGAACAGCAAACCAUAUCCAUUGCUAAAGCAGGAAUAACAACGGUUCUUAAUUCUAGAACCUCGGUGCUUGCAGCUGCUAACCCUCCAUCAGGACGUUAUGACGAUCUUAAGACUGCCCAGGAUAAUAUUGAUUUGCAGACAACAAUUCUUUCUAGAUUUGAUUUAAUAUUCAUUGUGAAAGAUGUCAGGAUGUACAGUCAAGACAAGAUUAUUGCUAGUCAUAUCAUAAAACUUCAUGCAUCCGCUGGUUUGGCCUCAAGUGACAGUAAAGUUUCUAAAGAAGAGAGCUGGCUGAAGAGGUAUUUACAAUACUGUCGAACUGAAUGCCACCCACGCCUGUCAGAAUCUGCAUCCACAUUGCUCCAGAAUAAUUAUGUCAAAAUCAGACAGGACAUGAGGCUGCAGGCAAAUGAAACUGGUGAGGCUGCUGCAAUACCGAUUACUGUAAGGCAGCUGGAAGCUAUUGUAAGAUUGAGUGAGGCUCUCGCAAAAAUGAAAUUGUCCUAUGUUGCCACUGAGGAGAAUGUGCAGGAAGCAAUUAGACUUUUUACUGUUUCCACGAUGGAUGCAGCACGGUCUGGUAUAAGUCAACAAGUGAAUCUUACGGCAGAGAUGGCUAAUGAGAUAAAGCAAGCUGAAACCCAGAUAAAGAGAAGAAUAGGGAUUGGAAACCACAUAUCAGAAAGAAGACUGAUCGAUGAUCUUACCAGAAUGGGGAUGAAUGAUUCUAUUGUGAGAAGAGCUCUUAUUAUUAUGCACCAGAGAGAUGAAGUUGAAUAUAAGCGAGAAAGGCGUCUAAUUUUCCGUAAAGCAUAAUCCAUAUUUCUAUAUUUCUAGCCAUUUGUAAGCAAAUUAUUAGCACAUAUACAUUGAUUAGGAAACCUAUCUAUUCUUCUCUUUUGUAUUUUUUUAUUUGUAUGACAAUUGUGUUCCAGAUGCCAAGCUCCAUAACUUAUCUUAGAUCUUACAAAUCAAAGUGCAUUUCAAAUUCAACGUCAAA